AUGACAGGAGCGUCCAGCCUCACCUGUCUAGCAGGUGUUCCACCCAGCUGGGACAACAGUCCGCCUAAAUGUACAGCUACUUGCCCGGUGGAAGAACAACGUGCUGCCGGUUCUGGAGUCAUUUUAAGCCCCGGGUAUCCAGAGCAGUACGGAACCGACCAGGACUGUGUUUGGGCCAUACGUGGGUGUGGAGGACCGGUCACCUUAUCCUUCCAGUCCUUCCAAACAGAGGAGGACUACGACUUUCUCAAAGUGUACGACGGUUCACUGGACACAGCAGCUCUAGAGUCCAGCGGAGAUACACCAGCUGUAGAGUACAGCGGAGAGCUGGACCUCAAGAACUACACCAGCACCACGUCUGUACUGUACCUGCAGUUUACAAGUGAUGGGAGUGUAACCGACAGCGGCUUCUGGAUCGACUAUAGCUGUGAAUCUGUGAUUGGUUGCGGCUCGGACGAGUUUCAGUGUGCAAACGGGGACUGCAUCGACACCCAGUUGCUGUGUGACGGAAAGGACGACUGUGGAGAUGGAAGCGAGGAGUCCGCGGACAUCUGCACAAUUGGUAUGACCACAAGGAUCAGACACAGGCACAGACACAGAAAGGUUGCGCGUGUAAAGCGACAAGCCGGUUGUCCAGUAGCAGACUACGCUCCCUUUAACGGAGUUUGCUACAAGAGCUUCACGGAGCCAACGACACGUGAUAACGCUAGCCAGACUUGCGCGGCAGACGGUGGGAUUUUAGCCAUGCCGAAGGACGAUGCCACCAAUACUUUUCUCAGUAGUCUAGCAGACGUAGUAUGGGGUCGCUGGCUCGGGUUGACUGACACGGACGGAGACGGCCAGUGGGUAUUUGAGGACGGCCAGACCCUGACGUCUUCCGGCUAUUCCAACUGGCUCGCCGGUGAACCGCAACCCGACAACGGUAACGGAGGCUGUGUGGGAUUUUGGGCGGGUGGAGCCUUCUGGGAUGAAAAAGACUGCAACUACUCCAGGGGAUUUAUCUGCCAGCUAAAUGAAGAAGCGAGUCAGGACCUGAUCUCGGUCGGGUGUUACGAGGACGUGUCCAGCCGGAAGUUUCCGCACGCUCCCAUCACCUCCUCAGACAUGACGAACGAGAAAUGCUCCAACCAUUGCGCACAAGAGGGCUUCUCUUACUCAGCGACCGAACACUCGAACGAGUGCUUCUGUGGGACGGAUGACGACUUAGUAGACCUGGGAGUGGCACGCCCCCUGGCGGAAUGCAGCAGUGCCUGCAGCGGUGACGGGUCUCAGAUCUGCGGAGGGUCAUGGAGGAUGUCUGUUUACAGAGUUCCUGACUGCGAACACAUCCGAACAACAGUCUCCUCUGAGAAGAUCUACCAGUGGGACAUCGCACGUGUCGGGUCGUCACCUUUGACCUUUCGGGUCACGGCCAACAAUGACGUACACAUCGCCCUGUCCUCAGCCCGAGCCGACCUCCCCGAUAUGUACGAGAUCGUUAUCGGUGGUUGGAGUAACUCUGAGUCCGCCAUUCGCCGGGCCCCGGCCGGGACCGAUCAAACACGUGUCUCCACAGCUGGCAUUUUGUCUCCUGGUGAGCCUAGAGGGUUCUGGGUAUCUUGGGCGGAGGACGGCACGAUUGCCGCCGGGCGAGACGGGGAGAGCAGCCCGUUCAUGCAGUGGCAGGACCCGGACCCGCUCCCAGUUCUGUACUUUGGGUACUCCACUGGGCAGGGCAGCACUGGACAGUUCUCGUUUCAAUGUCAACUAGAGCCUGUGGGUUUAUGGACGUUCGGUGCGGAAAACGGGACGGCAGACAUUACCGGAAACGGAAAUGACGGCUUUGCAUCAACUGUUCAGCUGACAGAAGGUCCGAACUCCACCACGGGAUCUUACGAGUUUUCCGGCUCCUCGAGGUCUUACGUCGAGAUUCCCAACAACGGGAGACUGGACGUUCGCUACUCCCUGACCAUCCUGGCGCACAUAUACCCCACAGGGAACGCAGGGCCACUCUUCAACUUCAGGACUGACGACUGGGGAUUUCAUUUCUGGCAAACAACAGCUAGUCAGAUAUUUGUGAGGGCUGUCACCAGGGACGGAACGUUGCUUGAUGAGGCGAGUGCAGACGUUCUGCAGCAGAGCUCCUGGAACUAUGUCGGCGCCACCUACGACUACGGCACCGGGGAGCUGGCCGUCUGGCACGGCGGGGUUAAAGUCGGCAGCCGGUCGGUAGGCGUCACACAACUGAGCACAAACUACGCCGUGAGGGUGGGGUACAGGGACGGAGACGGACGCGCGUUUACUGGUAGGAUAGCCUGCCUGCAGCUGUAUGAUUACGCCAUGCAGCAAGGACAGAUUCUAGCAGCAAGGACAAAGUGUGACGAUAACACCACGCCAUCUCCAGAACCACCAGGAAUGGGCUCCUGGCUGACCCUAAACUCGUCCGUGAUAGCGGAGACGUCAGGCAGCCCGUACGUGUCCGAUGGCGUGACGUAUGACGCCGCGGCCGCGCUGGACGGCAACACCGACACCUACUGGCACCCUCAUCCGGACAACCAGUACUCCAGCGACGCCUACUGGAUCAUCUUCGACCUGCAGGCACCGCACACUCUCUCCAAGUUCAGGUUCAGCACACGGGGGGAUAUACUUCACGACGUGAAAGCGUUCGUGCUCUCCGCCUCACAGACCAGCGGGCCAUACCUGUGGUACGACGUGGUCAACGUCACUUACGUCGCCUCGGAUAGGUCGACUGAGCCCCGUGUUUAUGACGGUUUCUCCGUGACGUCCCGGUACUGGCAGUUCAAGGUGACAGAGACACACGCGAGCCCGGCAGAUGGACCUCCUUACGUCACGGAGAUAGGCUUCUACGGGUUCGCAGAAAAAGUCGUAAUGAGCCCUGAGCGACAGAAGAGAUCGGCAUCCUCCCCUGCAAACAUCGCUCUCGGGCGGCCGGCUGCACAGUCUAGUAUCUACAGCUCCUCUCACCCACCGGGCCUGGCUGUGGACGGGAACACAGACACAUCCUGGAGCGGCGGCUCAUGCGCGCAUACCCAAUCCGGGACCAACUCUUGGUGGUCUGUAGACCUCGGCUCUUCCCGGAAUAUCGGAACUGUCACCAUUUACAAUCGCCAAGACUGCUGCUGGGAAAGAAUCAACCCUUUCCACGUGCACGUGACGGACUCUGUGUCUAGCCUGACUGAGGACACGCGCUGCGGGGGGGAUCACAGGUUCCGGGAAGGUCAAGCCAGCAUGUCUGUACCCUGCGCAGGCAGGAAGGGACAAGUAGUGGUCAUACAGCUUCCUGGAAGUGGCAGGAUGAUAAACAUGUGCGAAGUGCAAGUUUAUGAAGCUACAAAUCUUGCUUUGGGGCGCCCAACACAACAGUCCAGUCAUCAUUGGCGUAGUCAACCAGGAGGUCGGGCAGUAGAUGGAAACAGAAACACUCAGUAUCGCAUAGCUCCGUAUUGCGUUCACACUGACGGCGUGAACGACGGUCAAGACCCCUGGUGGUACGUCGAUCUCGGAACGACCAGGACCAUCGGCUACAUCACCGUGUACACCCGGCAGGACUGCUGCACGGAGAGGAUCAGUCCCUUCCGCAUCCACAUCGGCGGAUCCACGGAUGUCGCCGCUAACGCCAGGUGUGGAGAUGACCAUACCUUCCCCACGGACCGCGUGGACAUGACCGUGUCGUGCUUCGGGAUGAGAGGGCAGUACGUCGGCAUCCUCCUGCCGGGCAGCGGCAGGAUCUUACAGCUGUGCGAGGUGGAGGUGUAUCCAGCGCCGGACGGGUUCACAGUGCUGGCACAGUCGUCAGGAUGGGAUGAUCCGGGUUUCAGCGCCGAAAGCGCGUACAUCAUCAGCAACGGACAGCAGAGCAGGUUUGAACCAGAUUCAGGGACAUGUGGACAAUCCUCAUUUCGCCAUUUCCCUCGGACUGGUUGUGGAGGCUCCGCGGUGGACAUAACCGGCUACACGGGCGUUUCUCUCCAGUUCUGUGCUGAAGCCUGCUGCGCGCUGCCGACAUGUCUGUCGUUUCAGUACUCCAUCAGGGCUGCCUGCUACCUGAAGAAUAAGCUGUGUUCUGCCUCGGAGAAAGUGUCGAAUGCAAACGGCAACAUGUAUGACAGGCUUGUGCUACCAGUUACCAGGCGUGGGCACCAGGUGUAUAUAGUGAAUGAACAAACAGGGGCAGUAGUAGAGAAGGCCGUGUUCGACACACAUCAUGGAGGAGGAGGAGUCACAGCAGCACAACAAUUGACAACCUUUCUGCAAGGGAUUGUGGAGGAGUUUGUGUGA